AUGCUCUCUCUGCCUCGGGCACUGACACGUGACUCGGAGCCGGGCGGACUUGCAGGCGGCCGGGGGACCGCGGCUGCUGGGCGACCUCGGAGCCCUCGAAGCCCUCUGAGCCGCUCGGGCGGGCGCGGCGGUGGGAGCCCGGCGAGGCGGCCUCCUCGGCGAGCCCGGACUAGCAGGUGCCGCUCACGCUGGGCUGAGCGCACGCACACGCACACGCAGACGGGCAGGGCGCGGGCUAGCGGGGACCGCGCGGGGCGGGCCGGAGGCGCGCAGCUGCCGCCGCCGCCGCCGCCGCCACCUCCGCCGCUGCUGGUACUGCCGCUGGUGCUGAUGCUGCGGGCGCUCCGCCAAAGAAGAACAGCUCAGGGAUGUUCAGCGGAGGCAUCAGAGGGCACAUAACUUGCUGCCCACUGCAAAGUUGCCACUUGCCACUUCCUUAUUAUCCGGCUUUCAUCUCCAGGCUGCAAGUCCAAGGAGAGGAUCGAGGCAGACAAGUGAGUCCAUUGUGUGAGUGUUUGCCCGGCAGCAGGCACCUGGAGAUGGUCGAGAGGGGGAGAUGUGCACCACUCACCAGAAGGCUGCUAAAGAUCAGCUACAAGCCAGGCGGCUGAGCAGUGCUUUGGAAGGUGGAAGAGAAACAAGGAGUUCACCAAGCAUCUGCUGAGGGAUGCCUGUCCCUGGAACAAAGAUGCUAUCAGCCAAUCACUGACUGCUUUGGGAUUCUUCUAGUGCUGCCUGUUGCAGAAUCAGCUUUCUGGGCUCUGCAAUGAAUUAAUUUUUCUUCAUCUUUCAUAAACUAUUCUAUCAAAACCUUCUCUCCGUAUUGCUUUGAAUGUGGUUUGCACAAAAUUAGUUGCCACGUCUGUAUUAUGAAAUACAAAUAAAUAGUUUUGUUGUCUCUC